GAGUCGUUAUGAGGUUUUUCCUUUUUCUUUUAUUUUAAGCUCUUUCAUGUUUGAGAUAUUUGCAAAAAAGACCCUUGCAAAACCCAAAAUUCCACAGAAGCCCCUCACACAAAACACGAUAUUUGCAAAAAUGUCCUUCCCGACGUUUCUGCGUAAUGUGACCGUCGACGAGGAGCAUUCAAUAAUGGUCUCUACAUUGAAGUACGUAAUCUGUGGAGAAACCGAUCCUGGGCCCACAAGACCUCAAGGACAAGUGGCUCAGCCACUCAAAUCACUCCAAAUUGCCACAUCAGCAACUAACUCUACAAACGAGAGUACGCUAUUAAUGUCCUUCCCUGACAGCGACACGUGUCGCGUGUGCAAGAUUAACGGCUGCUUGGGUUGUAACUACUUCCGGCCAAGCAAUGAGAGAGCUAAAACGACAAAGACAACAUCAUCGUCGUCGUGGUCGUUGUCGUUUGCGAGGACGAAAGCUUCAAACGACAAGAACAACAGUGGCGUCGUGGCGAGGAAGAAGAAGAAGAAUUACAGAGGGGUGAGGCAGAGGCCAUGGGGGAAAUGGGCGGCGGAGAUUAGGGACCCGAGGCGGGCCGCUCGGGUGUGGCUGGGGACGUUUGAGACGGCGGAGCUGGCGGCCAAGGCUUACGAUAGAGCGGCGAUUGAGUUCAGAGGGUCCAAGGCAAAGCUCAAUUUCCCUAUGUCUGAAUUCGAAAACAAAAACGACAACAAGUGUCAUAACGGCUUAGUUACGGAUACGACAGUGUCCAAUUCACAGGUGGGCCAACAGAAAAAUACCAGUUGGGAAAACGACAGUGAGUUUUGGGAUGAGGUUGAGGGAGAUUGGGUGAGAAUGAUGAAUUUUCAGACUCUUGAACAAGAGACUGUGUUACAAGUAAAAACGUCAUCCUAAAACUUUUUAUUAGAGAAUAAUAAUGGAACCACUUUAAAUUUAAGGUUUGAUUUUAACCUAAAAUUUUGUUAAAAAGAGAUGUGUGUUUCUUCUUCUUCUUCUUCUUGUGUGUGUUUUAAAUGAAUUAAAAAAGAAAAAGAAUACUUUGCGCCGUAUUUUGUGUUUUAAAAACUCGAGUGUGAAAGUGAUAUUUGUUUUACUUCGAUUAUACAUGGUCGGUCCACUAGGUUUGUGGUGUUGUGUUAGCUAUUUUGCGCCAGUUUCGAACCCACUUAUAUUUGUCGUAUUCUAGUUUGUCCUUUGUUGUUGUAGUUGUAAUAUUAUGCAAUUUAAAGUUUUUUUUUUUAAUUCCA